AGGCUGUCCACCAUGUUGGGCUCCUGGCUUGCUCUGUUUUCUGGUCCAACUUAGCGGAUUCACCAACACCAGGGAUCCCAGGAACAGCUGCCUGAUCCACUAUGGCUGAAGGUAGUGAGGAGAUGGACCUGGACACGUUCUACACGGCUGUGGAGGAAGGUGACGUGCAGACUGUGAGGAGGGGGCUGGACGCUGGGGUGGACGUCAGGGCCAGGAGGAGAUGGGUAAGCAAACUGUUACGUGACCUGACAUCCCUGCAUGUGGCCAGCGAGCACGGGCAGACUGAAGUGGCGGCAUUGCUGAUCGAACACGGUGCCGACCUGGAGGCGUGGAACAGGCGCACACCUUUGCAUCUGGCUGCUCGCGAGGGCCACACCGGGACUUGUGAGCUUCUGAUUCGUCAUGGGGCAGACGUGACGGCCAGGAAUAAGGCCCAGUGGACACCUUUGCAUCAGGCUUCUGAGGGGGGCCGCACCGGGACUUGUGAGCUUCUGAUUCGUCAUGGGGCAGACGUGACGGCCAGGAAUGAGUUCCAGCUCACACCUUUGCAUUGGGCUGCUCUCUGUGGCCACCCCGGGACUUGUGAGCUUCUGAUUCGUCAUGGGGCAGACGUGACGACCGGGGAUAAGGCCCAGCGCACACCUUUGCAUCUGGCUGCUCGCGAGGGCCACACCGGGACUUGUGAUCUUCUGAUUCGUCAUGGGGCAGACGUGACGGCCAGGGAUAAGGACGGACGGACACCUUCUGAGGUAGCAGAGGACCAGGAGACUCUUCGUGUUCUGAAGGAAGUGAUCAAAGAGAAGUUGUACAGCGAGUUGCUGCAGAAGUCUGGUGGAGUGAAGACCGACAGGUGUAAGGUGUCCUUGUUUGGGAUGGGGAAAGCGGGAAAGUCCACACUUGUAGAAAGUCUUCAAAGGGGCUGGGUGUCUGCACAUCUCCAAGGUUGGAUUUACACGUCGUCAGCCGAGGAGCUUCACGACCCCACCCCAGGGGUGGAUGUUGGGACGUUCCAUAUUCCAGGGGUUGGGGAGGUCAGUCUGUGGGAUUUUGCUGGGCAGUCGGAGUACGCGGUAACCCACAGCAUGUUCAUGGAUGCAGAGAACACCAUCUCCAUUGUGCUGUACAACAUCAUGGACGACACCAAAGAACAAGACUUGUUGAAUGUUCGGCUCCAGGUCCACCGGUGGCUGAGUUUCAUCAAGUCCUGCAACCCAAACCGGCAGCGUGACGUCAUCUUAGUGGCCAGCCAUGCCGACAAAGUGUCACCCACAAGUGGACAGCGCCAAGCUGCUCAUCUCCUGCAGUUGAUGAAAGCGGAGUUCAAAGAUCUCCUCCGUAUCUCAGACGAAGUCUUCCUGAUGAACUGCAAGAAGACGCGAACACCUGAGAUGGACCGACUCAAGGAGCUGCUGGCUAAGAUGAAGAAGGACAUGUUAGAGCACCAACGCCAGAUGCCCAGACUGUGUUCAGAAAUCACCCAACGGCUGCCCAGCUGGUGCCAGACGAAGUGCAGCCCGAAGUGUCCCGUACUGAGGUGGCCAGACUACGUGGACGCAGUCAAAGAGAUCGACCCACAUGUAGAUGAAGACUUCCUGCGGAAGUCUACACGAUUUUUGGGCCAUCUGGGGGAGAUCAUCUUCACCUGUCCGAGUUCUUCUGACCCCAUCAUUGUCCUGAAGCCCAACUGGCUCUGCACAGACGUCUUCGGCCCAAUGAUGGCGCCAGUCAACUUUCCCAUCCUCCGCCCAGAGAGAACAAGCGAAGACUACGUCACCAGGGAGGAGAUCCAGCGCGUCUUCCAAGACGUUGCUGACGUGGAUCUCCUCGUCAGCCUGCUGCAAGAGUUCCAGCUCUGCCACUCCUAUGACGGACAGACCUUCAUCUUCCCAGGGCUACUGACGCAAACCAUGCCUGGUCAGGUUUGGAAACCAACACCUGAGCCAAAGAUUGUCUACUUUGGGAAGCAAGUCCAGUGUGCCGACUCAACUGACAUGUUCUCCUCCGGGUUCUUCCCCCGAGUGCAGACCCGCCUGAUGAGGGAGCAGGAGAAUCGCCCGCUGCUGUGGAGAGAUGGCGCCAAGUGUGUAGACAGGACUGUGGAAGGUCUGAUCAAACUCUCUCCGGACGGCCGUGCAGUCAACAUCUGUGUCCGGAGUGCGCAGGGUGACAAGGUGCAGUGCGGCAAGAUGCUGCAGCAGCUGGAGAACACCAUCGCUGAUGUGCUGGAUGAGUGCAGCCCAGGAACAGGCACAGAAGAGAAGGUGCUCAGCGCUCGUGCACUGAAGGAACACAUGGAGGAAUUCUACUCCUAUGGCAAGGAGGAGAUCAGCAAGGCAGCAGCAGAGGGCGGUACAAUCGUCCAUCCCACCCUUGGGUUCACGGAACAGGUCAGUGACCUGCUGUGUAGAGAGCAUGAGGAUCCGCUCACCAGGAACCGCCCAGAGCUGGUCCAGGCCUUGCGACACGUGGAGCCAAUCCUGGACCGUCUCCUGUCACGUGGCAGUCUCGGUGACGACGAACGCGACCGCAUCAGGGCGAAGGAAACCCCCCAGGACAAGGCGAGGGAACUGUUGGACAUUGUGGGAAGAAAGGGCGAGCGUGCACGUCGCGAGUUCACGGCAGUCCUGGAAGAGGUAAACCCGCAUGCUGCUGCGAUGAUCCAAGAUGGCGCCGGUGCUCUGCUGUGUGAAGAAGACGACCCGCUCAUCAGGAACCGGCCAGAGCUGGUCCGGGACCUGACGUCAUCCUACGCCAUGGAGACAAUCCUGAACCAUCUCCUGUCGCGUGGCCACAUCAGUGAAGAGGAGUGCGGCAUCAUCAGGGCCAAGAGAACAGCUCGUGACAAGGCAAGGGAGCUGCUGGACAUCGUUCGGCGGAAGGGCGCGGCUGCACGUCAGGUGCUCAGGGAAGCCCUGGAGGAGGUCGCCCCGCAUCUGGCAGAGAUGGUGGUGUGAGAUGUUCCUAUUGGAACUUUGCUCGGGUGCAAGAAUACCAAGCUACAUUUUAGCUCUGUGCGGCUUGGUGGCAGCCGUGUU